AUGGCUGAGGCUCUUGAGGCUGAGGCAGCCGACGUUCCCGAUGCUCCCCAGGAAUUCGGACCUUCUCGUGUGACGACACAGGAAAAGGUCGGAAAGUCAGCCAUCCUUUCCCAAGGGAGACCGAGCUUAACAUUCACGCGCGCUCCCUCGACACCACUCGUGCCUGUGCCGUACAACAUCAACAAACGUAGACGCUGGCUUCGCGACUCACUCGCUUCGUCGUUUGCUAGCAUUGUGCCAUCGAUUCGUGUUGUGUGCACCAUUACGCCUGUCGCUCUUUAA